GACUGCAGCAUUUGUAUUCAGGUACGAUCGUUGCUGAGUUGAGUCACGUUGCAAAUAUCAUUUCCAAAUAUUACAAUUUCAGAUGUAAUUAUUUUGCUGAUGAAUUUGAAUACUUGCCUACAUCUCUAGAGGUUGUGUUUUGUUGAUAUUAACGUGUUGAGCACUGGUUUAUUCGAUAUAAAAUCUUACAGGGUCACGGAUUCGAAGUGACACCUUCUACAUCUAGAAAAGAAGACGCGUAUUAAUAUGGACUAUGAGGAGAAAGACGAUUCGACUUUGGAAUUCAGGAAUGUCUGCCUGACUUUAAAGGAUAAAGAUGUCUUAAAGAACGUAUCGGGAUCAGCCGAACCGGGAAAGCUUCUAGCUUUGAUGGGCCCUAGCGGAGCUGGCAAAACGAUGCUACUCACCGCGUUGGCUGGUCGCUACCAAGGUACACAGAAGGGUCAGAUACUGCUAGGUCAGAAACCCUUAGACAAGACAUCGAGAAGGAAGAUCAGCUUCGUUCUCCAGGAAGAUGUCUUCUUUGACCAACUGACUCUAAGGGAUACUUUAAUGUACACAGCCCAGCUGAGGUUACCAGAGAAAAUGCCAAUUGAGGAAAAGCGCAACAGAGUGAAGAAUAUCGUCAAAUCUCUGGGACUGAGAAAAUGUCUAAAUACAAAAAUGGGUAAUUCAUUGAGCAGGGGUCUGUCUGGAGGUGAGAAAAAGCGGGCAAACAUCGGCUGUGAAUUACUCACCGAUCCUGCUGUUCUUCUGUUAGAUGAACCAACAUCGGGUUUGGAUUCUCACGGAGCGAGUGAGCUGAUUAUGAUGUUGAAGAAGUACGCAAGGCGUUAUGGGAAGACUGUAGUAGCAUGCAUUCAUCAGCCUUCGAGUCAUACAUUCAGAACAUUCGAUAAUCUUCUUCUUUUAUCGGAUGGAGAGGUUAUGUAUUUCGGACAGGCUGGUCGAGUGACUGAUUAUUUUGCCCAUCUAGGGUUACAUUGUUCUCAGCAUUAUAACCCGGCCGACUUCGUUAUUGAUAAAAUGAAAGGGUCGAGGGCGGAGAAAGAAACUCUAGUCCGGGCCGCUCGCCUGCAGACAUGGGAGCUGACGCCUCUAGGGUCCGAGGUUCGAACCGUCAGCGAGGAAGUCAGUAGACUGGAAGAAGGACAAAGUUCGGUUCACUUCAAUUUAGCCCUCUCUGUUGAUGAGAUCCAGCCAGGCCCAGGCCCACGUCGUUCCAUCUUAAUGGCCCUCCCCGGCCUGGGCUCCAGGCACAAGCAAUCCAGUGGGGCAGGGGCGGUGCGCCAACCUAGGGGCGUCCGGGCCUCUUUUGCCCAGAGUGGGUACGCCAUGCAGCAGCCAAUGGUCAGUAGAAUGUCCAUAGCUGGACUGCAUGACCUCGAACAGAUCAAGGAACAUUUUAAGGAGGACAACACCAAUAAAUGGCCGACGAGCUUCUGGCAUCAAGUUUGCACGCUGUCUAACCGUAACUUCAAGCAAUACAGAACCAUCAUCCUCUCCCGGCUGGAGUUAGCCCGUCAUCUUCUUCUCGGAUGCUUCAUAGGGGCGUUCUAUUUCAGAGUGGAUCACAUUGAAGAGAGGAUACGGGAUAUUACCGGCAUGAUGUUCUUCAUUAUUGUAUAUUGGUCGUUCGAGUCCAUAUUUGGUGCUAUUAGUGCAUUUCCGCAGGAGCGCGCCAUCAUCAACAAGGAGCGAUCAGCGGGAGCCUACCGUCUCUCCAGCUACUUCUUCUCCAAGAUCCUGAGCGAGCUCCCUCUGAAAUUGGCCCUCCCUUUCUGCUCCUCCACCAUCGCCUACUGGCUGGCGGGGCUCAACGCGUCUCCCGGUGUCUUCGUGGGGUUCACCAUCACCAUCCUCCUGAACAACCAAGUGGCGCAUGCCAUCGGGUUAUUUAUUGGGGCAUCGACAAACUCAUUCCAAGCUGCUAUUGCUGGUGGAAGCCUUUACAUGUUGUCUUCACUUCUCCUGGGAGGGUUUUAUGUCUCGACCUUCCCACCAUACAUCGAGUGGUUCCGGUUCACUUCGGUCAUUUCUUACACCUACGGAGCGACCCUUCACGUGAUCUUUGCGCUUCAACCACAGCCAAUCAGGUGCAGUACUACCACAGUCUCGUUAUUCCGUGAGUGUUUACCACCGCAUGAUCCGGCGGCGAGCAAUGUCCGGGGUGACUCUAUUGUCCUAAAGGAAGCAUCCGUUGUCCUUCCCAUCUGGGCGUACUAUCUCAUUCUUCUAGCUAUCAUGGCAGUCUUCUAUCUCCUGGCGUAUCUGGUCCUUCGAUUUGUGCGAAAACCUUCUUAACGAAACUCUCAAUGAUAAAAUAGUGUCAUCCCGCAUAUUGGUCCAAAUCGGAUGAGCGCCCUGGCUAGACCUUGAGCGGGAGGUCGUGGGUUCGAUCCCUGGCCAAGUCAUAUACCAAAGACUUUCAAAACUUCUGCCUUAUUGUCAGGUGCUAGAUAUUUUAUAAUGGAAAAGUGUAUUAAUAAUACCAUUUAUGCAGGGCUUGUGAUGAGAGAGUAGUUCACAAGACUGACGUGGCUACCACUGGUUACCAUGCAUGUAUACAUCAUUGUCAUCAUUAUUAUUAUUAUAAGAAAAUCAUAUAUAAUGAAAAUACGGAUCUAUGAUGCAGCUCAAAAUAAAGGGUACGGGACAACAUAUAUAGUUUCCUCGUAUGCCGAAAGGAUUAGGAAUAUGAUGGAAGAAGGAAAGGUGAAGAUGAUGAUGGUGAUGAUGAUGAUGAUUGAUGAUGAUGAUGAUGAUGAUGAUAGGGAUGAUGAUGAUGAUGAUAAUAAUGAUUAUGAUGACGAUGAUGAUGGCGGUAAUGAUGACGAUGAUGAUGAUGAUGAUGAUGGUGACGAUAGUGGUGAUGGUGACGAUGAUGACGAUGAUAAUAAUGAUGAUGAUGAUAAUGAUUAUGAUGACGAUGAUGAUGGCGGUAAUGAUGACGAUGAUGAUGAUGAUGGUGACGAUAGUGGGGAUGAUGGCGGUAAUGAUGACGAUGAUGAUGAUGAUGGUGACGAUAGUGGUGAUGGUGACGAUGAUGAUGAUGAUGGUGAUGGUGGUGGUGGUGAUGAUGAUGACAAUGAUAAUGGUGAUGAAUUCCUAUUUCCAUUCUUAUUGUAAAAAAAAAACUAUCGUCGUAAGAUAUAUAUAUUGCGGUUCUAAUCUAAGCUACUUUUUUGUUAGACUCUAUUGGAAGGAUAUGAAAUCAUUAUUUUGUUUAGAUUUCAUUAUCUGGCACAUCUAAUAUCACACAACAUCAAUAGUAAUGUAGAACAAAACCGUUAAUGUUAUUAUUGUAAUAUUUGGAAAUAAAUAACUAAAGAUUAUACUACACGCGCCCCGAAACUUUUAUUUUUCAACGUAUUGUAGUACCGUACAUACAUCAAAUAUUUAUUUGAAAUAAAUGGUUAAAAUUUAUUUAUACAUUCCAAAUCUAAUGUUUGUGUAUUUCUUGUACAUUGAUCUGAAUAAAAUGUAGUAAACUUG